AUGUCAUCUGAAGAUAUCUGCUCGAUUUGUUAUGACCCUCCAACAAAUAUAUUUCGCUUCAAAAAAUGUAACCAUAAAUUCCAUAUCAAAUGUAUAAUCAAAUGGAUUAAAGAACACCCAAGCUGUCCGAAUUGUCGUCAAUUAUUACUUUCAACAGACGAACAGAAUGGAGGAAUUUUCAUGAAGAUUGAAGAGAUCUUACUCAACAUCUCACGUGUAAAUCAAUAUAGAUAUGACAUUUUAAACUUUUUAGCGGCAGUCAAAGGAAUGAAGGCAGAAAGUUCAAAUUGUAUAGCAUGUCAGCAAACCUUUCAAAAUAAUGAUUUUAAAUUUUGUUGUGAACAUAGAUUUCACAAAGAUUGUAUAGUUAUUCGCAUCCAAACUAAUCCUAGCUGUCCAACCUGCCAGUUUCCGUUGAUACCCUAUGAUCAGGAUAUUUCAGAUUCUGACAAUGAAGACAGUCAAAAUAUAAGGAAAUUUUCAAAGAAAAAGACAAUGAAUUAUAAUAAAAAAUGCGCGACUUUAUCGGAUCCUUUAGAAAAAAAUCAACCUCGCACAACGAUAGUUCUAUCAAUGACUAUUGAAAAUAGAGUAGAAAGCAUCAAUCUUCCUGUUGUUGUUAUAGAAAAGGAUGAACGCUUUAGUAGACAGCGGAUAGAUGAAACAGAGAAUGCGCCAAAAAUGAUCGAAAACACACCUUUAAAUUAUGCUAACCUUUACAAUAAAUGCUGGUCUUCUUCUCCUGACCAGCGUCCAACAAUGAAUGAAAUUUUAAAUGAACUUGAGAAGCUAUCAACAGAAACAAACAUUGAGUUUAUUAUAAAUGACCUUUCUACUAAAAUUGAAGUAAUUCCUAGUAGAAGAAAUUCUUCUGGUUCUAUUACGACUUAUACUAGUUCUGUAUCGGGUGAAAAAGAAUCAUCACCAUCUACAGAAUAUUUUAUAAAAAAACGUAUUGAAUUAAAAAAUGGAAAUUUGAUAAUAGAUUGCCCUGCUCCUUCAGAUUUACUAAAAAAUUUUCAUAACAUAAGCUCAAAUGAAUUCACAAGCAUUCGUUAUACUGCUUGUACAAGUAAACCUGAUAAAUUCAAGAAAGAAAAUUUCACACUUCGUCAAAUUGAAUAUGAACCUUCAAGAGAAACGGAACUAUUUAUUUUAAUAACAAUUAAUGAUGAAGAUGAAUUUCAAUUAUCUUGCACACUUGACGGAGUUAUAGAAAAUAUUUCUUACCUAUGCUCUCUCAGAGAUUCUGAAAUAUGGGAUGAAAAUGGAUGGAAGAAGAUUGUUGUAUGCAUAAUCUCUAAUGGCCGCAGUAACAUCAAUGAACGGGCUUUAGCAUACUUGUCUGCUCUUGGUGUCUAUCAGAAUGAUAUUGCAAAGUCCAAGUUGGAUAAUAAAGUCGUUAAAGCUCAUAUAUAUGUAUUUACAACUCAGAUUUCAAUUCAAUGUUCUAAGAAAUCCACAGUUAAAAAAACAGUUGAUGAUGGAAUUUUUCCAACUCAGAUACUUUUUUGCCUUAAAGAAAAGGAUAAAGAUGAUGCUGAUUCUUUUCGAUGGUUUUUUAAUGCAUUUUGUCCAAUUCUAAAUCCUAAAAUAUGUGUUCUUAUGAAAGCCAGUGUUAAACCAGUUGCGGGUGUCUGUGGUAAAUUGGUUGCCAUGAAAGAUAGAAGCUUGAUAAAAUCAUUAAAUCCAAUUGUAGGUUCCCAAAUAUUUAAACAUGAAAUAUCAAAUAUUCUAGAUAAACCAUCUGAAUCAAUAUUCGGCUAUAUUCAAACAUUGCCUGAAGAAUUUUCAGCCUACCGAUAUUUUUCACUUCAAGAUAUUGCAAAUAAUGUAGAAGACACUCCAAUUCUUCCUAUUUCUUAUCUUAAAUAUAACUAUCUUCUUUGUUUUGAUUUAAUUUCUAAAUAUAAUCGAUCUUGGAUACUAUAUUUUGAAAGUUCUUCCCAAGCUGAAAUCGAUAUCCCUUCAAAUCUACCUGAAUAUAUUCAUCAGCAAAGAUGUUGCUUGAAUCAAAUUUUCUUUGCUAGAUUUUAUGCAAUUACUCAUUUUUAUUUUAUAUGGAGAAGUGGACACUCUCUUAUUUGUAAAAUCUGUUUACAAAAUAAAAUUAUUUAUCAUGCUUAUAAUUUUCUUCUUUCAUGUUCAAAAUUACUUAUUCCAAUCGAAAUUGAAAGUGUUGUCACUUUUAAAGAUGUUUUUGAAAAAAAUAUUGUUAAUAUUUUAUUAUCUAAUGAAUUUAAGAAUAAUGAUUUAUAUUCUAAGGCUUGGAAUAUAUUAAAUCAGAGAGAUACAAAAAAAGAAAGAAAUAUUAACAAACAAUAUUAUUUCUUAAAACUAUAUCCACCAUGG